AUGGCGGACGUCCCACUUUACGUCGUCUCCGACUACGCCGCGUCCGAGAGGCGCAUCACCCCAUCAUGGUCCAUCUGGCAACUCAAGACCAAACUCGAACAUAUUACCGGCAUUCCUCCUUCGUCUCAGAAGAUAUCCCUCAAAACAUCCUCGGGCGAAAAGAUCCCGAUUGAGGCGGCGGACGAAGAGUCCGUUUACUUGCAGCAGUAUCCGCUCGCCCCCUAUGCUGAGUUACUAGUUGCCGACACGCGGCCGGUUUCGGCGAGGCCAAACUUCGCCGCCGCAGCCGACGUAGAAAAGUAUGUGCUACCGGAAGAGGAGUACGAGAAGAAGAGCGACUCCGUUCUCGCAUGGAAAAAGGCCGAGAAACUCGGACGCUUUGACCCCAACGCGCCGACCCACGAGCAAGCCAAGAUCGACGCCAUCGCCGAAGAGAUUAAGUCACGGGGUAUCGCGGCCGGGAAGCGAUGCAAGAUUGGCGAGGACGACUCCAGACGCGGAGAGAUCAUGUACGUCGGCGACGUGAAGGAAAUCCCGGGCACGGGUGCCUGGGUUGGUGUUCAGCUUGAUGAGCCGGUGGGUAAGAACGAUGGGAGCAUCGGGGGUACGCGGUACUGGGGUGAGGAGUCGGAGCUCAAGCGAGGCUUGUUUGUUCGGCCGGAGCGGGUAGAGGUGGGAGAUUUUCCGGCACUCAAUGACCUUGAAGAUUUGGAGGAGAUUUGA